GCCUCAGGUGCCGGCGAUGCUCAGCCCGAGGCUGCGGCAGUGGCUGCGGCGGGUCCCGGGGUCGCGGCCGCUCGGGGAGUAUCGCUUCCUCCCCGGGUUUUUCGUGCUCGGGGCCGCCAUGGAGUGGGUUAUGAUCAACAUCCGCAUCGGCCCCGAGACCUUCUACGACGUGUACCGCAGGAAGCGCUCUGAGCGGGAAUACCUGGGGAGGGUCGAGGCCGCGGGAGAGCGGCCCCCGGAGUAACUCGGCUCAGGGGCCCCCACCGCAUCGCUUCCUUUUACAAACCUGUUGUUGUCGUGACUGAGGUCAUUGAUCAUUGAUUAUUAAACUGUGACAAACGGGGAAACACCGACACAGUUAACAGCCAAUAAAACAUAUUGGUUGUACAGUU